AUGAAUUCUACUAUUAAUAUUGAUGACAGUCUAGGUUUCUGGGGUAAACCUACUGCCACAGACUGGUGUGAAAAUAACUAUGAUAUAACCUUUUAUAUUGCCGAAUUUUUUAAUACGAUCUCGUCAUUUUUUAUGAUUUGUGCUGGUUUAUUUGGAGUUUUUAUGCAUGCUCGAGGAUUUGAUAGUUCAAUAUUAUUUCAUGGAACUUUAUUAUUUUCAUUACAAUUACUUGAUGAAGUACCAAUGUUAUUUUGUGUACUCGUCUUAUGUUAUUCAGUUAUAGAAAAUAAAAAAGAAAAAAAAUUCGGAAUUUGGUUUCCGAUAACUUUAAUUCUUUGGGGUAUCAUUAUAACAUUAACCAUGAUUAUAUCGGGAAUAUAUCAAGAUAAAAUAAUGCAAUCUUUGGAAUUUUAUGUGUUUCAAGCAAAUAUUGAAAAAAGUUCACAAAUGCUUUUGAUAUUAGGUAGUAUAGUAUUUUUAAUUGGAUACGUUGGAUGGCACGUGGAUUUCCAUUUUUGUUCAAAUAUGAAUUCAUUACCAUAUAAUAUGCCAAAUCCCCAAUUACAUGCUUGGUGUUAUUUAAUGUGUGUAUUAGUUAUUCAUGAUCGAUCAAAGAUGCUUCAAAGAGAUCCUCAAAUAUUAUGGAUUGCUCAUUUGUUACCUUAUGUAAAAUUAUAUUCAUCGUCACCAUCAUUACCAAAUUCAUAUUCAGAAAAAAUUUGA